UUGCAUCUACUGCCUCUGCAAGUGCAGGCAAGAUGGCAGCUUCCAUUUCGGCCAUAUUUUGGCUUUAAAACGCCUUAAUGAGAGUAAAUGGGGACCGUCCAGUCCAUACUUUUAUACAGUCUAUAAUCACAACCCAAACUCCACAACGCGCCAAGCAGCACAUUUUUAGUUGCUGCGGAAGCACAGCUCAUUUAGGCUCAGCUCAGCUCACCUCAGGACUUGUUGUGCUACUAAGAUAUAAGGCAGUGUGAGGUUGGUAGAUGGUGACAGUCGCUGUGCUGGGAGAGUGGAGGUUCUUCAUAGAGGGCAGUGGGGAACAGUGUGUGGUGAUGACUGGGAUAUGAGUGAUGCUGCAGUGGUGUGUAGAGAGCUGGGCUGUGGAGAAGCUGUAGAUGCACUGGGCAAAUCUAAUUUUGGAUCAGGAUCAGGACCAAUCUGGAUGGAUGAUGUGGAUUGUAGUGGAUCAGAGUCUAGACUGAAGAACUGUAGAUCACCAGUAUGGGGUAAACAUGACUGCAAUGAAACCCACAAUUCUGGAGUCAUCUGUUCAGGAGCCAGGCUGGUUUUAGGUUCUCGCUGCUCUGGGAGAGUGGAGGUUCUUCAUGGAGAGAGCUGGGCCACAGUGUGUGAUGCUGACUUUAACCAGCAGGAUGCAGAGGUUGUGUGUCGAGAGCUGGGCUGUGGUUCUCCUGUGAAGGUUCUGGGAGCAGCUGCGUUUGGUAGAGGGGAGGGUCAGGUGUGGUCAGAGGUGCUUCAGUGUAGAGGAAACAAAUCUCAGAUUCACUUCUGUCCAAAAUCAUCUUCACUCAAACACAACUGCUCCCAUGAUAAUGAUGUGGGACUGGUGUGUGCAGACAGUGUGAGGUUGGCGGAUGGUGGCAGCCGCUGUGCUGGAAGAGCAGAGGUUUUUCACAGAGGACAGUGGGGAACAAUUUGUGGUGCUGGUGCAAAUUUCAUAGCGGGUUUUGUCAUGUGUAAAGAGUUGGGCUGUGGAGAGCCGUUUAGGACUGAUGCAGCUGUUCCAGGAUCUGCACCGAUCUGGAUGAGUCAUGUGAAGUGUACUGGAUCAGAGUCUACACUGAAACACUGUGGAUCAUUAGGGUGGGGUGAACACAGCUGUAAUCAUAAUAUGGAUAUUGAGCUUACCUGUUCAGGUAUGUUUUAAUUAGACAAAAACUGUAAUAUGUACGUAUUACAUGUAUUACAUUUGUGAACUUUCUGAGAAUGUUUCGACACAUCAUAGACAAAAUCAAAUCAGAGAUCAUAUGAUGGAAUGUCACUGUUUUGUAUACCUAUUCCGUAUUAAAUAUUCUAUUACAUAGUAAAUUCUGACAGUUACAGCUAAUGUGAGAAGCAGUGAUGUUUUUUUUAACAUUUGCUUUGACUUUUAUUUAAUUGCUGAAAAUAUUAAGCCAAGAUAUUGUCUAGUCAGUUUCAUUUUGUUUGAUAAAAUUUUAUUUAAUAAAAAAGGGUCUGCAGUACUGAUUUGCUAGAGCACAACAUUUGUUUUCAAAAUUAUAACCUGAAUGAAACAAAAUGCAUUAGUCCUUUCCACUUCCAGACAACUUCUCAAACACUUUAUGUGCCAAAACAAAACCAGUCAACACACUAUAAUUAGAAACAUAGUGCCAUUUCCAGCUUAACAAUUUAGUGCUGGACGAUAUGACAAAACUUAUGUCACAAUAUAUUAAUUUUAGUCGAUGUGUUAUCGUUUUGAUAUAAAUGUGUACAGCUCAACUGAACAACUUCCUGAUGUGUACAUUAUCACACACUGAGAUU